AGUGUGGAGAACCAUGUUGAGUGACUUUGAAGGACCCUUCCUUUGACGAUCACCUCGUCCUCAUUGUCUCGGCGCUUUUUGUAUUCCGAUGUCAUGAGACUACGAGGAAUGUCUCCUGCUAUCGAGUCUUCUGUACUGGGUGAUCUAGGCAUAGUGGACCAGUUUCCAGCGAAAGUCCCAUCUCACAACGACAGAGGGUACCCCACGGCAACGCUUUUUUUCCGUUGAACACUGGACAAGGCUCUGACAUGGGUGGAAUUGGACAUUCUCUCGUCGUAUUGGCAUUGCUCCUUCUUGCGCCGCUCAGCAUUGUGUCCGCCGUCGUAGCAUCACAAGGAGAUAAUGACGAAUCUUGCCAAUCGAGAUCAUUGAACGAAAUAGUAGAACCUAUACGAGGAGAGUGCAAGGAAGAACUAGGUGACCGAGAGUUCUACUCUCAGCGUGAAGUUGAGCAUCAGGUGGACAAGCGAGGAACCAAGUAUGUGAAGCAGAUCGAGUAUAGUGGAAAGACAUUCUUCGAUGGGUCAGUUGUCGUCGCCAUUGGCGUUCAUAUGGGUGGCUAGCUGACUUGCAGGAAGAUUCAACUUUUUCUCAGAGACCGGUCAGUCUUCCUCUCCUGGGCCUUCGAUCACUGACGACGUUCCUGCAAGAUCCCUCCCAUGGCCGUGAGCGCAGCGCGAUACUUUUUCUUGAUCGUACAGGAUACUGACA